AUUUUGCAUUUCUUUGGGGGAUAUCCCGUCCAGACAUAUCGCGGUUGAGACAGCACCCUCUGGAACAGACACAUUCCACAUCACGCAUUCCACAAAUCUUCAGUUCCUCUCCCUGCGACUCAUUCCAGCAGCCAGCAGCAACUCCCUCGCCGUGCGGCUGAGGGGUUCCAGCAGUCGCCACCAUGACGGGCGCCCAACAGCCUUUUCUCUACGACCAGGAGAAGUACAACGAUGCCCGCUUCCCUCCAGCCACAUUCGAUCCCAAGGCCUUCACGCGCGCCAGCUGGGAGGUGAAGCCGCCACCAAAGCUAAAGCCUAAUGGCCCGUUGGUCACUUUUAACCAGCACCCGGACACCCAUGAGGUCCCCAGCCCACGGAGGCGGUUCAGGCAGCUGGGACCCAGGACCAAAAACUGGAUCAGGCGCAUGAGGGUGUUCCAGCUCGGCCUCCGCGUAGUCGAGCUGGUUGCGGCCCUGGGCAUACUGGCCCUGAUGAUCCUGAUCACCAACGUCGAUAUUCUGGUGGCCAUGGUUAUGCGCAUCACUGCCGGGGUCGUUGUAAUCCACUGUUCCUAUGGCAUCUACCACCUGCAGCGGCCUGCUGGUGGCCGCACUCCGGCCUCGUCGGCAUCCUACAUGCUGUUUGCCUCGCUGUCCGACAUCUGCAUCAUGCCCAUCUACACUUAUGGCGUCAUGUCGGUCACCUCGGGCAGAGAUUCCUGGACGACACUUGUCGCCAGCCAGGAGCUGAUGAGGUACUUUGUUCCCGCGCUUUACUGGACCCUCGUUGGAGGGGCCAGUCUUCACUUUGUCUCGCUCGCCAUCUCGGCUUGGCUGGGCAUCAAGUUUCGCCAAAUCAGCCUCAUGCCGCCCGAUAUGAACCCGCUCGAGCCGCACCUGACGUCACGCGUCUCGGCUGGGCGCCGCCGUCAGCACAAGCGCAACAAGUCGUCCGUCGCAACCACAGCCUCGUCUUCGUCGCUUGCCGACUCGAAUCGCAGGUCAGGCCUGCCGGCUGACGAAGACCUGGCUCGCCCGACCUCCAUCCCUUUCUCGCACACGCGCCGCGGCAGCGAAGCCAGCCAGAACUCGCCCAGGGACUCGCGCAUCAACCUGCCGAGCCGCCAGUACCAGAUCACGCCGGGCAACUCGCCACGCAACUCUGCCAACUCUGCCCAGUUGCGCAAUAUGAUGGCGGGCGGCUCUCAGUCGCCGUCUUCGUCGCGCCCCGCCACCGCUGCAGCCAGCCGCCACAGCUAUCACCAGAGCGUGUCGUACCAGCCCGCGCUGCAGUCCCAGUCUCCGGCCUCGACGCCUUCCAAGAAAGAGGACCAGCAGGCUCGCGGCACCUACUCCGAAGUGCCCCUCGACGAGUCCACCGGUGGCAAGCAGGCCCGCAACGCAAAGUUCACGGAAGCCUGGUACACGUCGGACUCGCUCAUCAGCCGCACCCAGCAGCGCAACCAAGCCGUCAACAACCUCGUCCGCGCCGCCGCGUCGGGCGGCGUCAACCGCCCAUACUCGGCCGUCAACCAGCGCCGCGACCUCGGCCGCGACGACGGCGUCUCCGACGACGACUCGGAGGACGAGGCCAACUACGGCACCGGCACCGGCACCGGCGACGGCAACGGCAACGGACUAUACGACGACGCCUCGUGCCGCCACCCGCGAUCCCGCGCCGCCCCGUCCCCCAUGGCCCCCGAGGACGACGAGAACGACGACCUGGGCGGCCGAGGCCCCGCGCCCCCGCGCCACCAGCACCCGCUCCGCUCUAAUCCGGCCACCUCGGUGACCUCGCUGUCGACGCCGGCCACGCCGCCGCGCGCGCCCGGGCACUACAACCGCGGCAACCGCGGCAACACCCCGUCCGACGAGCUCUCGGCCAGCGGCGGCCAGGACAUUGGCGACCUCAGGAUGUCCAGCCCCCCACCGGCGGCGGCGGGCGACGAGGUGCGCGGCAAGAAGGGCGGCAGCUCGACGCCCGGGCGCAGCAUCAGCAAGCGCCUGUCGUGGGGCGCCGGCCGGCUCACGCCGCGCCAGCGCGACAGCUCCAUCCAGCCCGAGUCGGCCUUCAGCUACUCCAAGCCCUACGGCGAGCUGAGGCCCGCCACGCCCCCCGUCAUGGUGGCCACGGCCAACGUCGGCAGGGUCGCGAGCCCCGGGCCCCCCGCGGCGUCGGCGGCCGCCGGGACGGCGACGCCGCGUCAGAUCUCGUCGGGCACCGACUUUUACGACCUCGGCGCUGCUGCCGGCAGGUUCGCCAGCAGGAGGAACGUCAGCGGCAAGGUGGUCGAGGAGGGCAGGUCGAGGUACGCGCUGCGCGACUGAGCGAGGUGGGAAUAUUCUAGCAGUGGCUUGCUUGUGUUGGGGGUUUGGCCGCAAUGGCCUGAGAAGACAUCACUGGAGUCUUUGAGCUGUUUUUUUUCUUUCUCAUCUUGUUUGGCUUACAAACCGGCGUCAAAACGCGAGUCUUUUGAUCCAGAAGGGCUGGACAGGGGUAGGAAUCCAGUCAGCAGCCUCGUUUUAUGCUGAUCCGGCGUGCGGCCAGCAGUCGAGGCGUCAGUUGAUAGGGGGUGUUUGGUCAUGAUCUUGUUUGUUGGCUGUUUUUUUCUGUAUUUGGAGAGAUGCCCCUGGGACGGAUUUCACGCAUGGAUGAUGUUUAAUGGGCUUCGGUUUGAUGUUGGUUCCUUUUCUGUUUUCAGUCUCUGGGUGUUCGAGGACGCAUGUUGUAACAGUAGAUAUUCCCAUCUAGAUAGGAAACGGAUGUUAUUUUCUCA